AUGUCGCUGUUACCCUGGCAACACGAUUCCAAAGCUGUUGAUGAUCAACCGUUCAAACGAUUUAUUCAAAUAAGCAUCCAGGAAACAAGAGUUUUCAUCUCAAACAGUUUAAGAAGAACCGGUUCAUAUGGAGGAAGAACUGUUUGCUCCGUCAAGUUCUUCAGCUGCUGAAGCAGCCUUCGAUGCUGUUAUUUGCUGCAUAUUGGAAAUCAUGAUGGAGGAGGACUUUCAACACCUUAAGCAGAGAUUCAUGGAUCAGUAUUACCAGGAAUUUGAUGAAUCUGAUGAGAACAAGCUCAGCUACACUUCAAUCUUCAAUGAAUAUGUGGACCUGUUGGAGAAGCCUCUGGAGCAGUAUCUGAUGACGAGGAUUCCUGGAUUCAACAUGAACACCUUCACAAAGAUGCUCAUGCAGCACAAAGAAGAAGUCCCAAAUGAUGUGUUGGACAUGUUGUUGACAUUCACAGACUUCCUGGCCUUCAAGGAGAUGUUUUUAGAGUACAGAGCUACAAAAGAGGGUAGAGGCGUGGAUUCGAGUCAGAGUCUGGUGGUGACGUGCCUGAAUCCUGCAGACUCCAACCGACCCUGCUGAAGUGACUCUGGCUGCAUUUUGAAACUGAAAGGUCCAGAGAUCUUCUGGAUACAUCUCCUGUGUGAAUCAUCAUAGCUCUUGUUGUAAAUGGACUUAGAUAGAAGGUCUGUGUGUAGCUAUAAUAUUUUAUAAACUUAGUCUGUCUGAGAGUCAUGACCUUCCAUUUGAUAUCAUCCUCUGACUCACAUGUUUUACAUAAUAAAUAGUUUUUAUUCUAAUUGGUCGAUGAAGAGAUUAUCCUGAUGGGUGAAUAGAUGUCACAAGCAUUAAAAGUGAUCUAUUUUUAA